CGGGGGCCUGAUCCUCGACCUCUCCCCUUGUCUACAUUUUCGCACUCUUCCCUAUUCAUACCCUAGAUACCCCCCGCCAUGUCUGCCGCCGACGUCUCGCGCGUCGACUCCUUCCAGUACCCGGCCGCGCAUCUGGGCCAUCUCACCGCCAGCCAGCAGACUGCUCUGGACAAGUUCAAGCAGCUGGCCCAUCAAGCCGGCCACUAUACCCCUGCUACCGCCGGAGCAAUCGCCAGCCAUGAUGACGAGACUAUGCUGCGCUAUUUGCGCGCGCGCAGAUUCGACCCCCAGGAGGCGCUAAAGCAGUUUGUCGACACUGAAAACUGGCGCAAGGAGAACAGGUUGGAGGAGCUGUACGAGGAUAUGAUCGACAUCAAGGAGUACGAGGAGACGCGCAGACUGUACCCCCAAUGGACUGGUCGCAGGGACAAGCGCGGCAUCCCCGUAUACCUCUUCGAAAUCUCGCACCUGAACUCCAAGACCAUUGCCGCCUACGAGACGACGUCCAAGCAGAGCUCCAUCCCUAACACCAACGUCCCGGUCAAGAUGCUGCGCCUGUUUGCCCUGUACGAGAACCUCACUCGCUUCGUCAUGCCCCUGUGCUCGGCGAUCCCUGACCGCGCACACCCCGAGACGCCCAUCUCGCAGAGCAACAACAUUGUUGAUAUUUCCAAUGUCGGACUUAAGCAGUUUUGGAAUCUGAAGGGGCACAUGCAGGAUGCCAGCCAGCUGGCGACCGCACACUACCCCGAGACGCUGGACAGGAUAUUUAUUAUCGGCGCGCCGUCAUUCUUCCCCACCGUCUGGAGCUGGGUUAAGCGCUGGUUCGACCCGAUCACCGUCUCCAAGAUCUUCAUCCUUAGCAAGUCCAACAUGAAAGAGACGCUCGAGCAGUACAUAGACUCAGAGAACAUACCCAAGAAGUACGGCGGCAAGCUCGAUUACGAGUUCGGCAUGAUGCCCAUCAUCGAGCCGGCCAUCGAGAAGAACCUCGCCUUCGAGACACCCAACAUGCAGAGCGGCAAGAAGACGAUCCCGACGGGCCCCAUCCGGUGGGAAGAGAACGCGCAGGGCAGGGUCGAGGCCGUGGCCGUGGGCUCUGAGGGCGGCAAGCCGCGCCGGCACGUCGUGGCCUCGCUGGCCAACAACACCAGCCUCAAAGCCAUGCACGGCAGCACGAUCAGGGGCGCGACGGCGCCGCCAGCAGCGGGCACCGCGGCCGCGCAGCCCGCGCCCAUCACGACGUCCGGCACGCACACGCACGCCGCCGUCGACCCCAACGCGGAGAUCUUGCAGUCGCCCACGACGUCCGCCACUGCGGCCGGCGGCCUUGCGACCGCGACGGCGCUGCCCGAUCGCACGGCUGCCAACGACGACGCUACCCGCACCGGUACAUCCGAGUCCCGUCUCGCGGGCCAGGACGGCACGCAUGCGGCCGGACACGCCGCUUCGGGCACGCCGCACGAGGCGGUCAACGACCACGGCCACGGCGACCGCACGCUGACUGUGGAGCCGAACACGGUGGGGCAGGCACCGAAGGCCGGUGCUGGGGAGCCGGUGGGCGGCACCGAGGCGCCGGCGCCCGGGUACGUGGACCAGGCGAAGGAGGUCGCGGAGAAGGCGUACGAGAGUGCGGCGGGUGUCGCGGAGGCGGCGGUUAGCGCUGUUACUGGAGGAGGAAAGAAGGAGGAGGAGGCGGCGCCGAAGGAGGUCCCGAGGGAUCCGAGGGUCGAGGGUAUGGAGAAGGCGCAGGUGGAGGAGUUUUUGAGGGGCGAGAAUGCUAGUACCCCGGCUGGGAAGUAGGUGUGGUUGAGUUGGGUUGGUGGUGGGGGUGGCGGUGUAUGUGAGGGUGGGUGUGUGUAAGUGUGUGUGCAUGGUUGGAGCAUGGUAUGACAUGGCGUGGCAUGGCGUGGCAUGGCAUGAGGCAUAGAGACGGAUCUAGAGGCUGGGAGUGGGCGUAGGCAUACGCAUACGCAUAGUUGGAGAUUGUUGCUAUUCAGCCCAGUCAUCCAUGUAUUAAUUCUCAAUUGACGCGUUUCUGUUCUGUGGUGCAUUAGUUAGUGCAGCAAGAGAGUCGUGUAGGUAC